CCACGGUGGCACCUCCCCUUCCAGCCGGCCUCGGGAGCGGCGGGGCGGCGCCGUGACGUCACUGCCGUGCGCCGGAAGACGCGCGCGCUCUCGGACCCGUCUGUCUGCCGGCCCCGAGAAUCCCGGGACAUGAGCCGAAAGAGGCCGAGUCUGGUCCCGGACGCCUUUGGACUGAAGAGGCGGCGGGGACCGGGGCACGUCGAGGCAGAUCCUCUGAGGGCCGAGUCAGGGUCGGCGCGCGCGGCCGUGGCGGAGCUGAUGCAGCUGUUUCCCCGGGGCCUGUUCGAGGAUGCGCUGCCGCCCAUCGUGCUGCGGAGCCAGGUGUACAGCCUCCUGCCCGACCGGACCGUCGCCGACCGGCAGCUGGUGAGGGGCGUGCGAGCGAGCCAGCAACGGAAGCCGGUGCCCCGCCCGGUGGGCGCUUGUCCCCCCCGGCCCAUCCCCGCACUCUCACUUAGCUCUCGCUGGACCGGGCACUGCGGUGCCAAGGAGAAUGCUAACAACCCUGUAAGAGACCUUCGGCUAGUAGAAAGGCUCUCGGAUCCUGGAGGUGAAAGAGCGAAGUCGUGGGGGACACCGUCAUUGUCUGGCCCUAGAAGCUGGCAGGACGGAUGCCCAGGGCCUCAGAGAGCUUUUGCCCUGACUCGCUUCUUUCUAUCACAUCUCUGGAGACAGAAGGAGCUUCAGGAGCAGGGGGAGAUCAGAGUCAUCCAGCUCGGCUUCGACCUGGACGCGCAUGGCAUUCUCUUCACCGAGGACUACAGGACCAGAGUCCUCAAGGCCUGCGAUGGCCGCACGUAUGCUGGGGCAGUGCAGAAGUUUCUGGAUUCGGUGCUUCCGGCCUGUGGGGACCUUAGCUUCCAGCAGGACCAAAUGACACAGACCUUUGGCUUCAGGGACCCAGAGAUUACGCAGCUGGUGAACGCUGGCGUCCUCACCGUCCGCGAUGCCGGGAGCUGGUGGUUAGCUGUGCCAGGAGCCGGGAGGUUCAUUAAAUAUUUUGUCAAAGGGCGCCAGGCGGUCCUGGGCAUGGUCCGGAAGGCCAAGUACCGGGAGCUGCUCCUCUCGGAGCUCCUGGGCCGGCGGGCGCCCGCCGCGGUGCGCCUUGGCCUCGCCUACCACGUGCACGACCUCAUCGGUGCCCAGCUGGUGGACUGUGUCUCCACCACUUCCGGAACCCUCCUCCGCCUGCCAGAGACGUGACGACCACACUCGUCACUGCCUGCCAGCCCCGAGGGGGCCGAGAAGCGCCCAGGAGGGCCGCCCUGUGGUGGCGGAGACCGGUCACCUGGGGAA